UUUUAUCUAGAUUUUCGCAAAAUUCGGACAUCGUAGUUGUAUCUGUUACCUCAGACUAUCUAAAUGUUUUAGCAUUUGGCACAGAGAUUAGUGUUAUUAGCAUAUAUGAUGAUUUAUUUCUGUAAAAGUGGCACAUGAAAGGGCGGUGUUAUUUGACAGCACUUGUUCCAAAAACAGGGCACUCUUUGGAUUUCUUGAGAUCAGGAAGUUGGAUCAUAUCGGGUUACGGCCAGGAGGCUGGGCCUGUCACAGAUGUCAAGAUCAACCUUGUAUUCCUCUGUGUGUGCUGACUGUUCUUCUCCAGACCCGACAUGGGCUUCAAUUAACCGUGGUGUGCUCAUCUGCGAUGAAUGCUGCAGUGUUCACAGAAGUCUGGGUCGACACAUCUCACAAGUGAAAUCUCUCAGGAAGGGACAAUGGUGUGCAACACAGCAUGCUAUGGUGUAUCAGCUGACCAAUCAAGGGGCAAAUAACAUAUGGGAGCAUGCUUUGCUGGAUCCUUCACAGAACAAACAUGGUCGGAGGAAACCAAAUCCUCGAGAUCCACUUCAUCCGAACAAGUCUGAUUUUAUUCGUGCCAAAUAUCAGUUUCUGUCAUUUGUGAACAAACACAAGGAUAGUGAUGUGAGCUCAAUUGAUGAUGUUAGUAAGGAGCUGCAUUCAAGUGUCCGGACGAACAAUGUUGAAACAUGUUUACGGCUGCUGUCGAAAGGAGCAGACCCAAACUAUUUUCAUAUGGAGAAGGGGAAUUGUCCCCUCCAUAUUGCAGCUCAGGCCGGGCAGUCCUCCCAGAUGGAACUUCUAGUCGUGUAUGGUGCAGAUCCUGGUGCUCUAGAUCUAGGGGGCAAAACUCCAGUAGAUUAUGCCAGGGUGGAAGGUCAUAAUGAUUUAGCCGACCGACUAGUCGAAGCCCAGUAUGAGCUCACAGAUAGAUUAGCGUAUUAUAUAUGUGGUAAAAAACCGGAUCACAGAACAAAUGUACAUUUUAUAAUUCCUGAAAUGGGAGACAGUAGCUCAGAUUUAUCAGAACUUGCAAAGCAGGCAAAGAAAAAAUUACAAGCACUACCCAACCACCUGUUUGAGGAACUUGCAAUGGAUGUUUACGAUGAAGUAGACAGACGAGAAAAUGACAGUAUUUGGUCGGCAACUCAUGACCACUCGACAACUGUCAGUGAUAGACAGACUGUUCCGUUUCUUCCUGUAAACCCAGAUCUGUCCACCACUCGGAAUCAGGGAAGGCAAAAACUAGCCCGGUUUAAUGCGAGGGAAUUUACAACACUAAUUAUUGACAUCCUCAAUGACGCAAGGCGGAGACAGACUGGAAUUGCUUCUCCUACUCAGACUCCCAAAGAACAAGACAAGUCUAACUUGAGUGCGUUUCAGUCGCGGAUCUCGAAGACGGGCAGUGCGUUCAGCGAUGACGAACCUCUGUACGACAGCGUCGCAUCUGACGAGGACUACAGCAGCAUCGACACACAGAGCAUCAAGAGUGUGCGUGAGGAGAUGAAGAAAGACAAACCAGCUGAUGAUCAAGCAUUGAAGCGAUCUACUCCAACUUCCAUUAUUUCAUUCACGGAGAGCAUGCUAGAGCAGGUUGAAGGGCCGGUGUCUACAGAUGAGUAUGUGGAGGUGAAGAAAGCGCUCGCUGUAUCCCAGUCUAAAAUACAACUUCUAGCACACGACAAACACGACUUGGAAAAACGAGUUCAGAUUAUGCAGAGUACGAUCAACACAUUGUUACGGGAGAAUCAAGCGUUACGAGUGCGAAACCUUCGGGAGGCUGCUUGUGCAUCCCCUCCACUUCCAAAUGGUCUACCCACCAGUACUAGUCCCCCUGUUGAAAACCAGGACGACGAAAGUCUCCAGUCACGGAAAUCAAAGACCGGUGUGAGACCACAGUCAAUGUUUGAACCCCGAGAACAACUCAAAUCAUCAUUACAGAAGGGUCCAAGUAAAGAGGAUGUGAUCGCCACAGCAUCGUCAGUGGCCAAUAUCCACAUCAAUGCUGAUGGUCAGGCAUCAGCUGCAUUCUCUUUGCCAGAAGAACCACCAGACCAGGAUCUGCUCAACGCUAAUAUCCCUGAACCCGAUUACGAUACUAUAGUGCCAAAUUUAGAAGACAGACCCCAGUCUGAAGUUUUUCACGACUGUUCCUCAAUGCUUAAUGACGCAGGAGCCAAAGCCAUGUUGCCUGCAGAUGAUGCAAUAAUGGAGCUGCCAUCUCAGGAGGAAGUUGUACACAAAACGGAGAAGAUUACCAAGAAGAUUCAGGAGUUGUUACAGACAGCACAAGAAGGCAACCUCGACAGCUAUGGACCCUGUUCUGACAAGAUUUAUUUAGCUGUUACUGAGAUGGAGUCAAUUUUUCCAAAGAAUGUUAAAACAGAUACUGUCAGUGCAGCUUUACAACUUCUGACAACCAGUGCCACAAGACUGAGGGCAGAGUGUAUAGACUGUCUACCCCUCGCGGGAAUCAAUUCGGAGUAUGACCCGGCACAAAAGACGCACCAGAUCAUUCAGUUUGCCUACGACAUUGCUAAGGCUGCAAAACAACUUGUGACGUUGUUUCAGUGAUGAUACUGGUCACUUGUCCUCAUGUGGAUUAUGUUAUUUAAAAAAAAAGUAAAAAAGAAUUCAUCAGCAUGUGUUAGAUAGUUUCGAAAGUGCGUGGAGCAUGUGGCAUGCAUUCGGUGUUUCUUUUCACUUAACCCUUUCAGUUCUGCCUACCAACUUAGACCCAGACAAUCUCAAUAGAAUGUAUAGUACAGGGAAGAAAAGUUGGGGAGAAAGAGUUAAUUGACAGUGAAGAUAUGUUUUUUUCUUGGAAUUAAAAUGAAAGUGUUGGAAUCUAACCAUUUGAGAUGUUGCUGGAGGAACCAUCCUGAUUAUCUGAAGCUUUUUUCUUUUCUUUUUUUCUUUUUUGUUUUGUAUUCCUAAUUUUUACUAUUUUGUUUCAGUCUAAUUAAAAAUCUCAGGUAUUCCAGUUGAUGGAUAUCAGCUGAUAUGUGGGAUGUUAUCAGUAAGUAAAAAAUGUCCGUUAUUAAAAAAAAAAAAGGAUAAUUAGUACAGAAAAGUUGCUUAAACUCUAACAACAAGAUUUAGGGAUAUACCUGUAAUUUUAGGAACUACAGAAAGCUCCAGCCUCUGUGUGUGUUAAGUUAACAAAAGAAAGAUUUUAGUCUUAAUAUGUAAGAUUGAUUAAAUUCCAUCUCAUAAUGCUAAUGCAUUGCUGUUGAUUUAUAAUUAUACAGGGUGAAAGAAAAAAGUACAUACAGGGCAUGAAUAUUCAGCAUCUGAAAAGCCAGAAUUUUUGUUAUAUUUCAGCCAUAAACCGGGUAACUUGAUUGUUUACCUGAAAUAUUAUUAAUGAGAUCAGCUUUGUGUUGUCAAUGCAGCAAACGAGUGGUGGUUAACUGAAUCAGAAGACUGUUUUAUGGAUAGCAGUAUUUAUAUUGCAUAUGGCCGCUGUAGUUACAGAUUCCAGAUUGGAAGUUGCAUAACUUGCGUGUGAAUUGAAGGAUCAUUUCUAUGAAAUUUUGUGCCCUGAUGUACAUAUACUCUUUCCAUAUACCAGGUUUCAAACAAAAAAAUGCAACUCACUUGGAAGGUGUCACACCAUAUUUUUUUUCUUCUUCUACAUGUACUUUAAUAUUGUGUUGCAUGCAAUAUCAUUGAUUGUGAUUGCAUCGUCUGAUUAUGGGAUGAAAGACGGAUAUUAGACGAUGUGCGUCAGUGCCACAGAUACUUCUUGUUGAAGUUUCAUCUACCAAUUUCUGCUGGACAGAAGUCUCCAGUGAUCAUUUUGUCUUAUGCAUGCUUAGUGCUUGACUGUACUGUAGACAAUAGCAGUCAUAGAUUUUUGUGUACAUAACGUAUUUACAUCAUGGUGCCUGUAGCCUUUGAGAUUUUUAUAUAUAUAUAUAUAUAUAUCACUGACAUAAAGCAACCAACGCUGACUCUGUUGUAUCUGUAGCCAAAUUAAAGUUUUGAGUUGGCCAAACAAAAUAUAAUAAAAUGAAAAAUUGCUUCUCUUUUUUUUUUAAUGCUUUUUUUUUUUUUUUAUGCUUUUUUUUUCUUCAAUUUAAUAAUGAAUAAAUAUAUUCACCAAAUUCAGCUUUCUCACCUUUGGCAAUUUGGGGAGUGUAUUUUCCUUAAAUUUGCCAAUGUUUUAAAGUCAUUUCCAGAAUUCAUUAUAUGGGGGAGGCAGGAGACAAUUGUUUUAUGUACCGUACCCAGUGCUCAUAAAAUAGAAUUUUGUUUAUACCAUGUAUAUGCAUACAUAGAGAGAAAAAGUUGCAACAUACUUACCAGGGGUAAAGUAAUGAUUGUUGUGCCUCCAGCCUACCCUAUAUGAUUGAUUCUGGCACAGCCCUAACCAUAAAAUUUAAUGUUUGAAAGUUGGCAGAAACAAAAUUUAAUUCAGUGUGUGUCCUGUUAUUAUAAUUUAUGAUGUCUCAAUACACACACCUUGCCUACAUUUGUUGAUGUAAUCUUAAUAAUCAACAAAUCAUAUGUGAUGUAUUAAUUUGAAAUUAUGAGCAGGGCUAGAAUUUAAGAAUUUGUUACCUUCGGCAAUUUUUUUUUUUAAUAAAAAUUUUUUGACAUAGGCAAAAUGCUUACCGACAGCAGUUUUGAAUCUGCCUAUGGCAAUUUUAAACCAGUAACUUUGACAACAAACAAUAAAAUCAAGAAAGAGUCUUCAACCAAUGGCAAUAAUUUGUAUCCAUCUGCCAAAAACUGCCAUCGGUCAAGCACUGACCAACGGCAAUUCAUAUUGCACUAUCAUAAUACUUGUUCUUGGCAUGAGACAAGCAUGUUUUGGCUUAGUCUGACAUCUUAUUGAUGAGAGUAAAUGUUUUGUUAAAUUGAAGUACCUCAUUUCAGCAGAAUGUGUAGAGGUUGCAUUUUUAUUUAGGCAUGGGUAUAGUCUGCGUAACUUGUAACUAAAUUGAUCCCUGAUAAUUGGGAAGUUAUAGGACACCACUUUUGAAUAUGUAACUUAGCACAGCUAUAAUAUUGUAUUGUUAUGCAAGUCGAUAGAUUAACAAAUUCAAAGCAUGUUAAAUUGUUUCCAAUAAUAGUGUAGAUCUCGAAUAUCGAUUGGGUUCCAGCAGGAUUUUGAAAAAAAUACAGAUGCACCACAUUUAUUCAAGUAUUCACUGUUGGGGUGGGUGCGAUAGGGGCCUUACAUAAAGAUUAAUUUAUCAAUUUGUGCCAGCUCUAUGUAAAGAUAUAAAUUUAUUUUAUAGUCCUGUGGUUUAUUUAAUCUCAUGGGCCAUAGGGUUUAUGAUGGAUUUAUAUAUUAUAAAGACAAAAGAUUCUGGUUGUGCCAAGAGAGUAGUCAGUCAUAAGAUAUCUUGAUGUUUUAGUGAUGAUGCAAUGUUUUCUUUUCAACAUUACCUGUCCUCAAACAAACACCUCAUGUUUUCUCCAAUUUUGUUGUACAAACUUUUUUUUCUUUUUGCACUUGUCUGGCAAACAUUAUUUUCUUUCAUCCCCCAAUAUUUUAUUUAUCACUGAUACCUUUACCUACAUAUUUUACAUUUUUCUUUUGCACAUAACUUAAAAUAAAGUGGACAUUGAUAGGAUUUGAACCUCUGGCCUGAUUUACAUUUCAAUGAAUAGUUAGUGGUCUUAACCUCAGCCACAGUAUCCAUAAACAAACAAUUUCCUAUAAACCAAAAUAAUAUCAAUAUCAUUUUAGCAUUCAAAAUUAGUUCUUUGCCUUCUGACUUGACUUCAAAUAAGCUGCAAAAUAGUGAAAACUUGUAUUGAUAAUCAUAAAAGGAUAUUUCAGUCACUAUUAAAUGGAUAUGUGUGAUUAACUCUUUUUUUUUUUCUUUUUUUUUUCCCAGUUUAACAAAAAAAAAUAUUUCUUUGAUUAAAUGUUUUUAAACAUGAAAGUACUAGAAUGAAUUCUCAUUUCUGUAUAAUUAUGAAUAUGAACAGUUAACAAAUAAACGUUUUCUACAGUUACAGUAAAGGUCUGGUCAGUUUUGGUUUAGUGACUAAAUCGAUGCAGCCAUUAUAAUAAUAUUCAUACAUGUACUUAAUCCUAACAGUCAUUUACACACAUGAUAAUUCUCACUACAAAACAAUGGGCUUGAAAACCUAUAAAACUAACAAAGAAGCAAAUGAUACAGAAGGUUGAAUUCAAAUGUUUCAAACUAAUGAAACUGUGACUGAUGUAAAUUUUAUGAAUCGCAAAGAAGAAUUCAUUUUAAAAUGGCAUUGUUGAAUGAUGUUUUUAGUUGUAUGAACCUUGUGGACUUGUGACUACUUGGUCCAAAAUAUAUGUGUUUGUUUCUGACGAUUUUGGUCACCAUGUCACACUCUUUGUCCGAAUAUCAUUUGUUUUGCACAGUUGCAAUUUUUCUUUUUGUUUUGUUCCAUGAAAGCAUUGGCUACCAAGUAACAAACUGAUGUAUGUUUCCUGUCAAGUAGAAAUAUAACUGCCCUCCUGUCUCCAUACAUAAAGAAACCCAAUAGCCGAUGUAUUUUUUUGGCUGGUGUGUCGUACAUUAAACAUCUAUUCUAUUCUAUUCCAUAGAGAAUCAUCACAGUUGUACCCAUACAUGUACAUGUAUAUGUAUGCAGUUGUCCUGGUGGUAUCCUGCUUGGCCUAUGUUUAUAAAAGUCAAACUGCCUUAUAGGCACAAUGCUAAUCUCUAACUUCAUAUAAUGAAAAUAAGGUUGCCCUAACCAACUUUGUCAUUGGAGGUGGUGGGGGGGGGAGGUGUUUGUUUGUUUUGGGAUUUUUUAAAAUAUUGUAUGAUCAACAGGUGUAUCAGAUUGCAGUAAACCACUUUGUUACGGUUGGAAUCAAUCUAAGUAGAACCACAAUUGAGACUUAGUUUUGUUAGCACUGAGCUGGUCCAGUGAAAUUAGGUAACAUUGUUGAUUCCCCGAUGCGCGGGUAUUGGCUACUUUAUGUGUCAGUGUCUUUUAAUGUCUAGUCAAUAUAUCUGCAGUUGAUAGGGAAAAAAGGUUGAGCCAAAAACCUAAAGGGAGCUAAAACUGUAUACAUACUGAUCCUGCAUUAGCAUUGAAAUGCCAGUCAGAUGGCAGUGGAAAGAGCACUUGAAACCUAAGUCUGAUGCAGCACUUCAAAGUGAAGUCUGGUUCAGUACUUCAAACUGAAGUCUGGUUCAGUACUUCAGAGUGUGAAAUCUAAUACAGCACUUCAAAUUGAGGUCUGGUUCAGUACUUCAAACUGUGAUGUCUGAUGCAGCACUUCAAACUGAGGUCUGGUUCAGUACUUCAAACUGUGAAGUCUGAUGCAGCACUUCAAACUGAGGUCUGGUUCAGUACUUCAAACUGUGAAGUCUGAUGCAGCACUUCAAACUGAGGUCUGGUUCAGUACUUCAAACUGUGAAGUCUGAUGCAGCCUUUCAAAUUGAGGUCAAUCCCUGCAAUUGCCCAUGGCAAUCGGCAGUGCCCAUGGAGAUUGCCAUGGAGUUUUUGCCUUGAACUAUAUUCUUCUUCUUUUUUCAAAAGCAUGUGGUGGUUUUGUCAUGGACAUUUUCUUAAUUGCAGGGGUUGCAUGUUAAAGCAUGGCGUCAGAUGUGGCACUUAUUACAUGGGACUCAAUUAUGUAAUAUAUACAUUGCUGAUGUAUUGUAAGAUUAAUGUUAUUGUAAGAUUAAUGUUAUAUUUUUUAGCAAAUAAUUGAUGGAAGUGAUGUGCAGAAGGUUUUUAGACCUUGUUUAUGAUACUCAGUUGACUGGCACUUGGCCUGUUUCCCCAUACCUUACUGUGUUUGAGCGUAUGCAGUGUACAUUUAGUGUAAUUAUAUUUUAGUGUUGUCAUAGUUUGUAGCACACAGGAUAUGUUACAGUAUAGAAAACGUUCAGCAUGAGAGUGUGAUGCAUGUGUGUGUUACUUUGAAAUAAAUGUGUGUUGAGCAUGCUAGACUAUUGAGUUAGACAAUGGCAAAUGCAUGAGCUUUUAUGUUGAUUUUGUUUUAAAAGACCUGGCUGAAGUAAGAUGAAGUGUUUUACAAAAUAUUUUAAAACAAUUAGUUGAGCUUUAAAAUUAUCUCAGGGUGAUAUUGGUGUAUUACUGCAUUGGAGUUUUUCCCUUCUAUUUACUAUGGGAAAGGGGAUUUGUGGGGGUUUUCUUCUCUCUUUUUUUUUCUUUUUUUUUCUUUUUUUUUUGUCAGAGCAGUCUUAAAUUGUCUAUAACAUUGUUUAAAAAUAUGAUUUUUGAGAACGAAAAUUAUAAUUUUUUUAAAUAUGAAUCAUUAAAUAAAUUAGUUUAAAGGGACAUUCCUGAGUUUGCUGCAUUGUAAGA